AUGCGGCCUCCUCGGGUGGCCAUCCUCGUCCUCUUCUUCUCCGCAUCCCUAUUCCUCGUUUGCCGAUCUCUCAGUUCGAUCCGACGUCCUGGCCCGUCUGCAACAUCAUCCGCAGCUCAGAAAUCAGCCUUUCGAAGCUUGUUCUCCUUCACCGGGCCCUUCUCUCUCUUCCCACCGAGCGCUGCCAUCAGCCUUACCGAUGAUAACAGCACUUUCUUCCCGGCAAGGCCAGCCGCAUUUGGUCCGCCGCUGCCUGCAAAAGGACUGAGCGGGCAGCUAUGGAUUGGGAGUGGUUUCUCCGACGAAACGCUGCAGGAAGGCGAGGGGGAAGGCGAGCUGGGCUGCAGCGACAUCCCAGGCUGGGAGGACGGGAGGCUUAAAACAGCCAUCAAGGCCGCAGAUCAGGGGCUGUCCCCAGCCAAGGCUGCCACCGUUCCCAUCGAUGCUAAGCAUACAAAAAGAGGCGACACGGGCAAGGGGCCCAUGGACGAUCGGGAUGGCACAGAGAGAAAGAGGACCCAAAGCCAGAGCCAGACGAAGCCCGUAAACGACGGAACGGACGACUAUCUCCAUCAAGGCCUCCAGCACUCGAGGUCAUCAUCUACUGAUGGGCCGGCAACCUCGGAAUCGAGCCACGCCGAUAUUCAAUCGAUCCAAGAGACAGCGGAAAUUACAGGCAAGAUCGCUCUUCUGAGUAGAGGUGGCUGCGGCUUUCUCGAAAAGGUUAAGUGGGCACAACGUCGUGGCGCUAUUGCCCUGAUUGUGGGGGACAACCAAAAGGGGGGCCCUUUGAUCCAGAUGUUUGCGCGUGGCAAUGUCGACAAUGUUACAAUACCCUCCGUUUUUACUUCUCGAACGACCGCCCACCUCCUAUCAUCUCUGAUGCAGCCUGGGAGUUUCAUCGAGGACAUCCUGGACGAGAACGGCAACCCGAUCUUGAAGGUGCAGCAGUCUGCCAAAGCCGGGAGACGAAAAAGGUCAACCCCGCAAGCCGCUUCGAGAAUGCCGCCGGCGAUGAAAUACACUGGGAAGCGCUCAGUACGCGAGGACAAACAGCCACGUGCUCCGCACAGGAGGUGGCUCUCUUGGCUGUUCCGCUGGGGAGCCAGCUAUAGUGCUCCCUCUGACCGUAACCGGCCUCCGAGCAGUGGCCGACUGGAAUGGGUCGACGAUCGGAGCGCUGGUAAUGGCAAACUUGCCAAAAAUGGCCUUGAUAAAGCACCAAAAGACGGUGACACGAGCAAUUCCCCCUCGGACUCUGGUAAACCUUCCGGCGACGGUUUUCAGAUUGGAGUCCAAGAUUGGCGGGAUCCCGACCUUGUUGGAUCUUCUGCAGAAACCAACAGCGCUUCAUCCCAUGAUUCAAGGCACUCUGAGGCCCAGUCAAGCAAUUCUGUGGCUUCUGUAAGGCAGACUGAGGGGGCUGGCGGGUCAUCUACAGAUACCAGCGGGCCAAAGGGUGGGAGUAUUACGCCAGGAAGCGGCGAAUAUGUUCCAGGGACGGUGGAAGACGCCAAGAAGCCCGGGCUGGGGAAAGCUGAUUCGUCUCCCGGCGUGCGUAGCGGACUUCUUUCUAAGCUUUUCGGUGAUGAAGACGGAGAGGACCGCGGCGCAGACGCCACGUCGCCUGAUCUCGUACGUUCCACAACUGGAAUAUCAGCACCAACUCUCCCAGCGUCAGGCGGCAAUGACGGCAUAAACGAUCACGAAGGCCUCUGGAUCACCAUCACGCCCACGGGAAGCGCCAGCCCUUUCUUUGACACUCUUUUAGUUCUCGUCAUCAGCCCAUUGAUAACACUGACGGUCGUGUAUGCCCUGCUCAUAUUACGAGUAAAGAUCCGCAUGCGGAGGUGGAGAGCCCCAAAGUCGGUGGUCGAUCGACUCCCGGUGCGGACCUAUCACACAGUCGGCGCUUCACCAAGCCAGUCCCCAACCACACCGUCUCCCACCAGCUCUUCACCCACAACGCCCCUACUUCAAGGCCGGUCGCGGCCCCGGUCCCGCACUACUACCGGUGUCCCGGAAUCUGGAGACUUGUUAAGGACCGACGAUGCAUUGCAGGCCCCGGCGUCCCCUUCCCGAGAGAAGAAACAGCGCCGUUCUAGCGAAUGGAAGAAGUACAUGGGCAGGCAAGUUGAGUGUGUCGUCUGCCUGGAGGAAUACGUCGACGGUGUCAGCAGGGUUAUGAGUCUCCCCUGCGGACAUGAAUUUCAUCCCGAGUGCAUAACCCCGUGGCUUACCACGCGACGACGGACGUGUCCCAUUUGCAAAGGCGAUGUUGUCAGAUCACUUGCUCGGGGCUCUGGAUCGGGCCCUCAAUACGAGCCAUUCCGCGAUGAUUCAUAUGACAGCAGCGACACUUCUGAAUCUUUCCAGAACAGGCUUCCUUCCCCGAACCGGCUCGAUGAUCUCGAAAGGGGCACUUCCUGGUCUCAAGGAUCAAGACAGGAAUGGCAGGCUAACCGCGACGUCUGGUUCAGCGCGCUGGCCAGCCGUUUCGGGGGCAGCACGUCCUUUUCGACGAGGCGACAGGGUUCAGAAGAGGAUCGCAGCCGCUGA